CUUCCCAAAAUCAUUUUCCAUUACAGUUACACUAGUCUUUCUUUCCCGAGAAAAUCAUUUCACUCUCUCUUAUCUUGUUCCGAGCCCCACUCCUCUUUCUCACUCCGCUCCAACACCGACGCUAGAAACCCAGAGCCCUAGAAACUAGAAAUGGCAAACCUUGAGCUCCGAUCACUCGGAAACACAGGCCUCAAGCUCAGUUCCGUUGGCUUCGGGGCCUCACCUCUCGGCAACGUCUUCGGGCCUGUCUCCGAGGACGACGCCUUCGCCUCUGUCCGCGAUGCCUUUCGCCUCGGCAUCAAUUUCUUCGACACCUCUCCGUAUUAUGGAGGAACAGUGUCUGAGAAAGUAUUGGGCAAGGCACUGAAAGCUAUGGGGGUGCCGAGAAACGAGUACAUUGUGUCGACAAAGUGUGGGAGGUAUGUUGAUGGCUUUGAUUUCAGUGCCGAGAGAGUGACUAGGAGCAUUGAUGAGAGCUUGGAUAGGUUGCAGCUUGACUAUGUUGAUAUAUUGCAAUGCCAUGAUAUUGAAUUUGGGUCUCUUGAUCAGAUUGUGAAUGAGACUAUUCCUGCUCUUCAAAAACUAAAGGAAGCAGGGAAGAUCCGAUUCAUUGGUAUUACAGGACUUCCGCUUGGGGUUUUUACUUAUGUCCUUGAUCGGGUGCCACCAGGCACAGUCGAUGUGAUUCUGUCAUAUUGCCACUAUAGUAUUAAUGAUUCAACUCUGGAAGAUCUACUGCCUUACUUGAAGAGCAAGGGUGUGGGGGUGAUCAGUGCUUCUCCUCUUUCAAUGGGGCUUCUUACAGAGCGUGGCCCUCCGGAGUGGCACCCAGCUUCGCCUGAACUCAAGGCUGCAUGCCAAGCCGCUGCUGCUUAUUGUAAAGAGAAUGGGAAAAAUAUAUCGAAGUUAGCUAUGCAGUACAGCUUGUCAAAUAAAGAUAUUUCUUCUGUACUGGUUGGCAUGAACUCCGUGAAACAGGUUGAAGAGAAUGUGGCUGCUGCUAAAGAACUCGCCAUGUUUGGGAAGGAUGAGAAAGCUCUGUCAGAGAUUGAAGAGAUAUUAAAUCCGGUGAUGAAUCAGACAUGGCCUAGCGGUAUACAACAAAGUUGAGAUUGCUUUGUGAAAAGUGGCCUACCCAUUUACAUCUUUCCUUCUCCUUUUUCAUGCUUUUGAUUUCACUACCUUGCUCCAUUUGUUAUAAACUAUCUACAUUUGUAGCGACAAUAAAUAUUAUCCUCCUCUAGGGGCUAAGACCCUUGUAAUUCAAACAUCAUGGCAUGAAAAAAUGAAAAUUGGGAAUUGGAAGCCUGUCAAUGUCGCUUGAUGCGGUUGUAAAAUUCAUUUGUUAUUGUAAAA